UUUUCAGCGCAUGAGUUUAGCAAGCAAAAGACACCAUGACUUCGCCUACAACAAGCGUGAUCUGGGUUUUCUAUUGGAGAAGCAGUUUCUGCCCAUCUUUAUAUUGUACGGUCUUUUGCUGUGAUCAUGCGCAAUUCGUAUUUUGCUUACAGGAACCGGAUGAGGGCUGGUUCCCGUGCUGACGUCCUUGGCAAACAGCGACACGUGGAGGACCAAAAUGCAAAGACAACAACAGUACUCGCUUUAGCGUCACCCAGGUUGACAAAAUUAUCAACGUCUAGGAUAAACAACGAUGUUGAGGAGGAACUACAACGACAUAAGGUAGAAAGUUGUUUAUGACUAUGUUGUCGAUGUUGCAUCGUUUUGCACGUUCAUUGUUGUAUGUCUGCCUCGGAUGCUGUACAUUAACUGGCCAUGCAUUUGCGUCUAAACUACAUUAAUCCGGUUUUAGCCCCCAUGAUAACCGCUCGUGGAGUUGCAACGGGCUUUCAUUGUGCAGCCAAAGCAAUGAGCGCUGCAGUAGGUUCAUCGCCAUUCGAGCCUCCAGAGCAUUGUCUGCCUGGAGUCCAGGAAACACGCCCUGGGAGCCCGCCGCGACUGCGGAGACUGGUCGACAUUCCGGGAUGCCAACCGGACCGAGUCAACGACUUGCUUCUACUCAGUAACGUUACUUCGGAUUCACAGGGACAGUGCGGUUCAGACGCCGAAGAUCGCAGUGCACAUGUUGUGUUUUUCCCUGGAGACAUACAGAAUUUCCAGCAGGAGAUGUCGCUCCAGCCAGAGGGGGCGCAGUGGCUAUCCUGGAGCCUGGAGAACGUUGCCCUCACCCUGGGUCGCCGCUUCCCUGACCGCCACGUGUGGGUGAUUCGAGCCUCCCGCAUGUACCUGCACAAGUUCAGCUGCUAUCACAACUUUGUGGAGAGCAACCUGUUUGGAGCGCCCGAGCACUCACCUGACUACGGAGCAUUUCGCCACCUGAGGGCACUGCUGAGCAACGGCAUGGAGCGCGCUGGCUUGCCCAACCCCCUCCCGCUUCAAAGGGGUGGCGACACAGUCGCCCCGGGUUUCUCCUUGGCCGUGGUGGGCUUCAGCAAAGGCUGUGUGGUGCUCAACCAGAUGGUGUACGAGCUGGCGAGGGCACGGGCUGACCCGGAGCUGGGGCCAUUUGUGGAGCGCCUUUCAGACAUGUACUGGCUGGACGGUGGCCACCCGGGAGGCAGCGAGACCUGGGUGACUGACAAGCGGGUGCUGGGGGAACUGGCGGCCAGCGGGGUUGCGGUCCACGCCCACGUGACACCGUACGAGGUGCGUGACCCCAUGCGAGCCUGGGUGGGCCGAGAGCAUGGGUGCUUUGUCAAGAAACUUGAGGAUCUAGGGGCCCGACUCAGCCAGAAGAUGCACUUUGAGGAUGAGCCCGCAUCCAUCGAGAACCACUUCCGGAUCAUCCAGGAUUUCUGAGGCGUUUGUUCAUUCCUGAUUGUCUAUUGGCAUGCAAAGUAAAAAAAAUAAAAAUACUGUCAAAGCUUGAUUCAAUUUGCAAAUUUCUGGUUUAAUGCAAGGGGCCAAAGCUAGUUGGGUCUCAUUCAUCCCUCUUGGUUCUUCCUUUCAUGCAGAAGUCAAUCUAUCACUAUCCCUAUCUCCCUAGACCUCAUAUUUCAUGAUCUAAGGGCUCAAAUAUAAUUUACUUUAAAAUCCAAGCAUGCAGAUCCCAAUUGGAACGCAUCUAGACACCCCUCAGUCAUUUCUCCUAGGAAUGUAUUUCCUUACUUCUACUAGAUUGGCCUUUACCAUAGACAAAGUUUGCAUAUUGUACCGAAUAAGGGCUAUUUGCAUGUGAUCAUUUGACAGAAUGCACCUUUUAAAGAGUAUGUAGCACAAAAUCAAACCUUUAAUGAAAAAAAUUGGGGAAAUGGCACCGCACAACCUCCAGUAAAGUCACUUUCUAACUAGGGAUUUCAUGUUUAAUUUAGGUAGUACAGUAAUUCUGCUCAUAGAUUAUGCAUGUAUGAACUACACUUUAACAUCCAGCCCAUAGCGAAAGGUUUAAAAAAUGCUGUACUUACUAGUCGCCAAAAUUCCGGAGCAUGUCUUAAGAUCAAGGGCCAGACCUGUCAAUUGUCAGAUUAUCUAACCUUGAUUGUAAUCUUUGCCUUUUUGUGAAAUACAACACAUUGAUUGUAAUCUAAAAAGUAGCUUUGAUCCAAUGUCCAAUGUGGUUGAGUAAAGUUUAUUUUCUUGCAUAAUUUCGGGGGCAACAGUUGACUAUUGCUCAAGUGCAGCAGCUCCUUCCAUUGAACUUUGUCUUGAUGUCAAGUGACAUACUGUGGUGACUUGGAGUGGGCCUCUGUUUCACCAAGGAACACUUGGUGGUGUUUGUGUGGAACAACUACAUUUCCUGAUGUUGCUUGGGUCAGAAUGUCCCGUCUUGUAAAUUGAUUUAUGUUCAGUGAUGGACUUUGAGUUGGAGGUUAGCUUAAAUUAAUCUUGCAGGCUGAUGUUCAGCAUUCAUACUGUAUUCUAAUAGACUAGAGUGAUAUCUCUUGGUAAGCUUAUAGAGCUGCUUUUGCAUUACCUACCAUGCUGGAUUUCUGGUGAUUGUUUCAAUGGCUACUGAAAUGCAAUGAAUGUACUUUUCUACUUCAUAGCCAUUCCAUUUUUCAAAUGCUGUUUUUGUUCAAGACAUGCUAUUCCAUAGCUGCUGUUGUAUGAUUUGCCCAUUUAGAAAUAAAUGAACAACUCUUAAAAGAUACAA